AACUGCUAGAAUUUAUUUUAGCAUAAUGGCGAUUUCUUUUUGACAAUUGGCCCCUACUGUUGGUGCACGUGUUUUUCUUGCGGACUGUUCAUAAAAAUCCAUUAAAAAAGAGAUGAAUCCGGAGAAAUUAAAGAAGUUGCAGGCGCAUGUUCGUAUCGGUGGAAAGGGCACUCCACGUCGUAAGAAGAAGAUUGUACAUUCUACUCCUGCUACCGAUGAUAAAAAAUUACAAUCGUCUCUAAAGAAAUUGUCUGUUAACACGAUUCCUGGGAUUGAAGAAGUUAAUAUAAUCAAAAAUGAUGGUACCGUCAUACACUUCAAUAAUCCUAAAGCACAGGCAUCACUUCCAACAAAUACGUUCGCUAUUACGGGGCAUGGGGAGAACAAGUCUAUUUCAGAAAUGUUGCCGGGAAUUUUAACACAGCUGGGACCGCAGGACAUCACGCAAUUGAAAAAAAUCGCUACAGAGUUUGCUAACAAAGGGGCUGCUGCAUCAGGUGCCGCAGCUGGUGGUUUAGCGAGUGCAUCUUCAUCUGCAGUUGACGAUGAUGUUCCAGAUUUAGUUCAGAACUUUGAGGAGGUGGCUAUUGGAGGUGCAUCAGCUAGUGCUAAAGGGGUAGAUAUUACUAGCACAGUUGAGUCUACACCGAAAACUGAGGAGGUUCCUGUGGCCUAAAACGGAUUCUCACGAUGGAAACUUAGAUUUAGUGGUGCCGACAUACGCAAGCAACAUCUACAAAUAUACAAAGCGUGGGAUAUAAGUAAGGGAAGACGACGAAUAGAUUAAAUAUUCGUCAACUAUAUUGAUUAGACGUGCGUCUCAAUUUGGAGCUGAGUUAUGAAAAGGGUUGCACUCGGUAUAAAUAUAGUACACACAACAUAACCAGAGAAAAACUACAUAUAAUGUGAGCCAAUUAAAUAAUGAAUGAAACAUUGUUUCGAUCGUAAACACACACAUUUUUGUUUUUUCACACUAAGGCAAUAAUACAUAACCGCAGAUGGCGAAAGUAGAAUAAAUGAAUUUAUCGAAAAUAGGAACAGAAUAAUUCCACAAAAGAGUCACUUAAACACUCCAAUCGAAGCAUUACCAGUACAAGUAGGCGUCGAAGGCAUGGAUAGAUAUGCAAAAGCAUAAUAUUCAUAAAAUAUAUUAUUUUUAUAUUGAAUACCCUUGGCAUAUUGAAUGGUUACUAGAUUGGGCAACGCAUAUUUGGACUGACCUCUUGGUUUUCUCGCUUAAUAUAUUAUUUCCUUUCCCCAAUAUAUGCCUAGGUUUGAAUCGAUUUUAUUUCGUCGGAGGCAACUUAAAUCUGAAAAAGCAAACACCGUGUAAAAUAUUAACUUAUUUUUACGCAUAAAAUGGCAUGGAACGAA